CGGAUAGGUGCACGAAAACAAUGGGGAAGUAAUUUUUAUCCCGACGAUUCUUAAACUGCCCAGUCUCUAGAUGAAUAAUUCUACAAACAUGACCCUAUAUUGAUCGCCAAUAUAUCAUAAAUAGGAAUUCGGUCUUCAUUAGAAAAGACCCGGAGAGACUAAAUGCUGAUAGAACCUCCAUUGUCAUCGGUUGUUGUUCCUGUAAACGAAGUGCAUAUAUUGUAUGAAACGUAUAACGCCAUAAUCUCUCUAGAGGAAAAUAAUUGAUAUUUUGGAUAAACAAAUAUUUCAUGCAAUGGUCAAGACAAUAUUUAAUAUCAACAGCCAAAUCUCUUAUUCAUGAACUCGUAGAGCGAUUUAAAGUGGGACAGUGCUUUGUUAACAAUAAUAGUUUUACCAACUGAACAGUAUAGUCCGAGGAUUGUGAAUAAUUAACACUCUUGAAAUGAUACACGACAGCUGGGCGUGAUGUUCAGUAUGCCGCAGUUCCAGUACUUUAGGAUAACUCUGGUUUUACUAAUCGUAAAAGGGGUCUCUAGUCAGUCAACAGCCAAUCAGCAGGCUUUGCACACGCACCUGUUUGCCUCGUAUGACGCCGGAGAGAAGCCUUACUGUGGAGGGUCUGUAAAUGUCACCUUGGAUAUUGCUCUCCGUCAAGUCAUUGAUCUGGAUGAGCCGCAACAGAUUUUGAAAUUGAACGUGUGGGUGAGACUGAAGUGGCAGGAUUGCAGAUUAACAUGGACUCCCUCCAGCUAUGGAAACAUCGCUAACUUCAUCGUCCCCUACAAAUACGUGUGGAUACCAGAUCUCACACUAUACGACAGUGUGUCCAGCGAGUUCAUUGGUCUUAAGGAGUACCGCCCCAACAUAUAUCCUGACGGCACCGUCUACUAUAACUUCCCGUCUGUGUUGGAGAGCAUUUGUACCGUGAAUGUGGAAAAGUUUCCAUACGACGAACAAAGCUGCAAGUUAUUGUUUGGUUCUUGGGCCUACCAUGGCAAUGAUAUGGACUUACAGUACAAGAAUCCCGAGGGCGACUUUUCGUCGGCUGUUGCUAACGUGGAGUGGACUUACGUCUCCAUGAAGGCAGAGAGGCAUGUUUUGUACUACGGUUGUUGUCCGGAACCGUAUCCUGACGUCACGUAUUAUCUCGUGCUGAAGAGGAAACCCAACUUUUACCUGGUCAAUUUGAUCAUACCCUCCAUGUUAAUCACUGUCAUGGCGGCUCUUGGGUAUUUCCUUCCUGUGGAGUCGGGGGAGAAAGUUUCCCUUCAGAUAACUGUCAUGUUGUCCUUGGCUGUCUUCCAGCUUCUGGUGGCAGACAAACUUCCGCCGUCAGCCGACGCUACACCAAUCAUUGCAACUUACUUCAACUUCUCGUUGUUCUUGGUUGGCCUAGCUUGUCUAAUGGCAGUGAUUGUCUUAGCAGUCCAUUACCAAGGUAACAGACGCAUGCCAGACUGGUUGUACAAGUUUGGAGUGGUUAAAUUGUCCUGUAUCACCUGUGUUUACCUGGAGAACAGUAAAAACACACCCGUGGAGGAAUUUAAUCAAAAUACCAUUGUUGUUAAAAGUGCAACCCAUAAAGUUAGCCCAGUAAGAAGAAAAACUAAAGGAAGUUUACACGUGCUGGAACUAGAUCAGCCUGUGGUGACGGCAGAAAAAGAAACCCCGCAACAAGAUCCUGAGAGCACGGCACCAAAAAGAGUAUAUCAGGAGGACUGGAGGAAGUUAGCUCUAGUAAUAGACAGGCUGUCGUUCUACAUAUUUGUAAUUAUAGGAACGAUGGGCACUGGAAUUGUUUUCUCUCAGUUUGGGAUGUGAUAUGUGUUUAUGUUAGUGGAUGUACAGUUAUAUUUUAGCUUUUUAUUGUGAGUGUUACUUUUCCAUUUCCUUGAAAAUUACAGUUAAACAAUGACAAAUCGGAAUAGCUGCAUCACGAUAUGAGAUAAUACAGUCAUGUAUAUGCUACAGUGAAACUUGUGACUUGUUGGAGUGUAUCGUUCUAUUUAGUAUUUGCUACAAAUAUAAUUCAAUGAAGCACUGUGUCAAGUUUUAAAAGGAAUACGAAAGAGAGGAAACACGUGGAAACCAAUAAACACAGCUUGCAGUUUCAACAUUGGUUUUGACAUGGCACAACAAAAUGCUUGACACAUUUCUUAUACAGAAUUAUCUUCCUACAUUUUCUCCACUUCUUCUUUCCCGUCACGGAAACCAGAAUGGAAACUCACAGACUCUGUCUCGUUUUUGUUUUGAUUCGAGUUUAACGCCUUUAAUUGAUUUGAUUAGCUUUAUAACGUCUUUAAUUUGAUUUGCGUUUGUUUAACGUUAUAACACCUUUACCUUCGCAUUAUUACGCCUUCCAUUUUCGUUAUUAAGAUUUACUUUCGAAUAGUGUACUGUUUCUUCUAUGAACGUUUUUCCGAUGGAUGACUCAAAUACAAAAUAUUUUCAAA